CUUGACUGAAAAUUCCAUAAACCCUACAUCUUCCGCACACCCAAGGCAGGUUAUAUCAUUUUCUCUUCACGGAAUCAAUCUGAGAACAAAUUUAAUCGAAUCUUCAAUGGCGGACGAGCCGUCGUUCCACGAAGAAUUCGCUGAUGCUGACAAUGCGGAUUCCUAUGAGAUUGCGGAGCUCAAUCAAAGGAUCAAUGAUCUCGAGGAGGAGAACACUAAGAUCGUUAAGGAAUACAAGCAACAGACAGAUGAGCUGAAGGCAUCUAUUCAGAAAUUGGAAUCCGAGAAUGCGGAUUUGAAGAAUCAAACGGAGAACGCGCAAUCGGACAACAAGGCGUUUGGUGCUGUGGCUGCGCGCGCCGCGGAUCUCGAGGGCGAGGUGUCGAGGCUGCAUCACGAUUUGGCGACGGCGAUGAUCGAUUUGCAGGAAUUGCCUGGAUUGAAGAGCGAAUUGGAGGGGGUGAAAGGGAGGGCGAUGGAGAAAGAUGUGAAACUGGAUGCGGCGGAGAGGGAGAAGGCGUUGCUGGUGGUGGAACUGGAUGCUAGGGAUAAGCAAAUCCAGGUUUUCAAGAAGAAUGUGGAGGAAUUGGAAGCUGUGGUGGGCAAGGGCAAGGGUUCUGCGGAGAAGGAUGGUUUGGCGAUGAAGGUGGAGAAGAUGAAGGCUGAAAUCAGCGUGCUGCAAAGCUGUUUGGAUGAUAAGGAGGUUUUGAUCAAGGAGCUCGAGCGUGGUGGCAUCAAUGGCGAUGAUAGCCUCGGAAAUAGGGGGUUGAUUUGUGGUCUGAGGCAAAGGGAGUGGAUGCUUGUGGGUGGCUCAGCCAUUGCUACUGCUGCUGUAAUGGUGGGGUACAUACAUGCUGCAAGAAAACAUUGAUUUGUGCUUCUUCAAUGCUAGUAAGGUAGAGAUUAGGAGGAUUUCUACAUUUCCUUUUCUUCUUGGCCGAAUUGGGAGAGAGUUGUGGUUUAGUUUUGGAUAAUUGUUGCUUUUGGUUAUAAGUUUUGGGGACAUGGUUGACAGAUCGGUUAAGGCUAAAUAAUGCACUUAUUGUUCUUUUAUUAUUAUGAGAAUAUGUGUUGCUCUUUUUCUUGAUCA